AUGCCGAGAUUUCACCAAAGUCGCCCACUUUGGAGGGCUCCAAAAGGUGAGUGACAGAAGAUAAAGUGGGGUUUGAGUCCCUCAAUAUGACCGGUCCUCUUUCUAGCAAUUCAAUAAUUCUCCCCUGCCAGGUGAGUCAUCAACCUUCAGGUUAGUGAAGAGCUUUAAGAUGGGGAAGGCCCAUUACUCCGUGGCAUUUGUGGGAUGCAAAACUUUUUCCACACUGGUCCUGAAAGACCUGCAUUGACUCCCAGUACAUUUCCGAGCACAAUUCAAAGUGUUGGUGCUGACCUUUAAAGCCCUAAACGGCCUCAGUCCAGUAUACCUGAAGAAGCGUCUCCACCCCCAUUGUUCAGCCCGGACACUCAGGUUCAGCUCGGAGGGUCUUCUGGUGGCCUUCUGGCAAGAAGUGAAGUUAGAGGGAACCAGGCAGAGGGCCUUCUCAGUAGUGGUGCCCACCCUGUGGAAAGCCCUCCCAUCAGAUGUCAAGGAAAUAAACAACUAUCUGAUUUUUAUAAGACAUCUGAAGGCAGCCCUGUAUAAGGACUUUUUUAAGGUUUAAGGUUUUAUUAUAUUUUUAUAUAUGAUGGAAGCCACCCGGAGUGGCUGGGGAAACCCAGUCAGAUGGGUGGGAUACAAUUAUUAUUGUUGUUGUUGUUGUUGUUAUUGUUAUUGUUAUUAUUACUAUUCACAAGGCCAACAGCUUGAACUGCAGACAUCAGCAGAUGGCCAUGACUUAUCUCUUUACUGUGUGGGAGGAGGGAACCUUUAUUGCAGUUUUCUGCACAUCAAGAGGGUGUUAAAAGGUGACUAAAAUAUGGCCUGUCCUUUUGCUGGUCAGUCCGCAACUCUAUUGCUAGAUCCCGUGCUUUGCAUGCCCAAGAUUCUUCAGUUUGGGAUACUGUGUAGCCAGUUUGGUGCAGUGGCUGUUGGGCUAGUGUCUGUGAGUCCAGGGUUCAAAUCCCCACUCAGCCAUGGAACUUAUUUGGUGAUCUUGGGCCACUUGGGGUGUUGCAGGGAAGAAAUGAGAAAGGGGAGAACCAUGAUUGCUGCCUUGAGCUCCUUAAGAGGAAAGGCAGAAUAUACCUGAAAAUAAAUUAUAAAAUCCUCACAUUUCCAGUUAAAGGGUUCUUGGACAAGCAAUGCUGGGAGCGGCCUCAGCACAGGAACACCCUGAAGAGCUCUUCCUGCUGCCCAUCAAAUGAGACAAUAUUGGACCACUUUGUGUGUUUGUUGCAGAGGUGGCAUUUAAAUCUGUGACUAUCAGCAGCCAAAUUAUGCCAUCUCUCUGAUCAGUCAACUGUCAAAGCUUCUUCUUGCCCCAUUAAACUUUAGGAAAGUUAGUUUUACAGGACAAGCUGUGCUAGGAAAAUGAACAGGGAACUAACAAAUGUCCCCUUUCUUCUCUCUUAAUUGCCAGCUCCUUUUAGUAGGAUCAUCUUCUUGCUGGUUUUGGGGUCCACUGUUGACAGCCAUCCCCGCUGCUACCAUACCCAAGUGAAUUCUCUGCUGGUGGCCAAUUGCCAAGCUCAAAGACACAAGGAAGUCCCUGAAACGGACAGCUCCCUUCAGGUCCUCUUGCUGAACUUCAACUUCUUAUCCAACAUCUCGGAUUCCUCCUUCUCCCAAAUGCCGUCCCUGAGGAUGCUGUCUCUUGGGAAGCAACUGGGAGGAUCCCUCUAUGUCGGAGAAAGGGCGUUUCAGAAUGUGCCCAGUGUCAGGAUCCUGGAUCUUGGUGGCAACAAGAACUUGACCUUGCACCCAGCUGCUUUCCGCGGCCUCACCCAGCUUGAGGUGUUGCUCUUGGAUUUCAAUGGUUUUGACGAAGAAGUACUGGAAAGAGGUUAUUUCCAGGAUUUGGUAUCGCUGAAGAGGCUGGAUCUUUCCGGAAACCGCAUCCAUAGGCUGAGGCCUGAUCCAACUUUCCAGGGCCUGAGGAAGCUGAGCGUCCUUCAGCUGAAGCUCAACCAAAUUGGGGAGAUCUGUGGGGAAGACCUACAGCACCUCAGGGGGCACCAUUUGGCCUUGCUUGACCUCUCAUCCAACCGACUGCUUAACCCCAAUGCCUGCACCAACCCUUUCUUCAGCAUCGUGCUGGGAACUCUGGACGUCUCUUCGAACUCAUGGAACGCGAUGGAAGCUCAGAAGUUCAUCACACGACUAAAUGGCACUCGAAUCCAUAACCUCAAGAUGCAGCACUCAGCCGCCCUCGGCAGCGGGUUUGGUUUCCGUAACCUCAAGGGCAUCUCGCCUAGUACCUUUCUUGGCCUCCGUGGCAGCGGAGUUUACUCCUUUGACAUGUCCAAUGGCUUCCUCAGGGAAUUGGGCCCAUCUGUCUUCUCAGGACUCCCAGACCUCAACAUCCUGCUGUUGAGAUCCAACCAGAUUACUGAGAUCAAGGAUGGGGCCUUUUCUGGGCUGAGCCAAUUGCGUAUUCUCGACCUGUCCCACAAUCUGCUUGGGGAGCUGUACACAGAAGCCCUUCGACCCCUGAGGUCAUCCCCACUCCAGCACCUCAUCCUGAAGUCAAACCACCUUGGGAUUGUUCAACACAAUGCUCUGGUGGGGCUGAACUCCUUGCAAACCCUUGACCUCCAGGACAAUGCUCUCGUGAGGGUCCCAGCAGGGAAACUCCCAUCCCUUCUGCGCCUGAUGCUGGGGCAAAACAGGAUUGGGGAUGCCUGGGGUCUUGAACGUCUUAGCAGCAACCUGACCCACCUUGACUUCUCCUCCAACCGCCUGAGUGACUUAGGGAGUCUCUGGGGUCAACUAGGGAAAAACCCCACCUUGCGUUUCCUGAAUCUCUCAGGCAAUCAGCUGGCAAAGUGCUUCAGGGCUGAGAGAGGCCCCAGGCAGCUCAGAGAACUAGAUAUUUCCCAUAACGACCUGGGAAACAUCUGGAAAACAGAGAACUGUGUGGACAUCUUCCAGCAUUUGGAGAACCUUAGAGUCCUGAAUCUCAGCUCCAAUGGCCUUCGGGCCCUUCCUGAGGGACUUUUCCAGGGUCUGGUGUCUCUCCAGACUCUGAAUCUCUCUGACAACCUCCUGCCCAUCAUUCCUGAGGAGGCAUUCCUCAGCUUGAAAUCCUUGCGCAGCCUUAGCCUCCAUGGGAACCCCAUAGUGACCCUCUCCCACUCUACAUUUCAGCCACUGGUGCAGCUGCAGUCAUUGGACCUGAGUGAGUUGUCCUUGCUGUGCGACUGUGGGCUUUCUGACUUCCAGAGUCUGAUGCAGGACAAAGACUCAAGGCUGAGUGGAGCUGUGGCCAAUCUCCUGUGCAUUCAGACCAGCCCUGAUUUCCUGCAUCUCUCCUUGUCCUGGUUCCUCCAGAGCAAGUGUGGCCAAUAACAUGUUAUGACCCAAUAUGGGGAUUGGGAUGGAGGAUGCGGGAUGCCAUCAAGCUGCACAGCAGCACCAAAAUCUGUGUUCCCGUUAUAAAAAAAAUGCCUCAUUGUUGUCCUUUUCGCAUGUGUGGGAACAUCCAUUUGGUAGGCCCAUAAUCUCUGUGUAUUCAAGUAGCAAAGGCCAAAUUGCUGACGUUUCGUAACUCACACCCCCAAGCUGGCUUUUUCUUUUUUUGCUUCUGGCAUGUGUAAGCAAAACAAUCCAAACACACACACACAGAGAGGCAAAUGCUGUGUGAUUGCAGACCCUCCAAAUGUCCCGAUUUUCCAGGGACAGUCCUGGAAGUGAGUCUACUCCCUGCUGUCAAAACUGCCCAUUCCAAUUCCCUCUCCCUUUGCUUACUAAGUCCUAAACGACUUGGGUCCAAAGUAUGUGAGAAACAUCCUUUCCUAGAGAUGCUAUCUAUCAGUUCUUGGUAGUUCCUCCACCCUCAGUAGUUUGGGGUGUGGGUGUGUGAUGAUUAAAAUGCAUUUUGUAUCUUUAAACAUGGUUUUAGUAAGUUGAUAACCCUAAGAAGCAGAAGUUUUAGAACCAACUUGUGGAUUUGGCAACCUAGCAAGUUAAGUAACCUACUAUUUAUUUAUUUAUUUUAUUUACCUAUUAAAUUUAUAUACCGCCCUUCCUCUGAGGAUCACAGGGUGGCUUAAGUAUAAAAACACAAAAAUACAUAACAUAGUUUGAACAAGGUUUUUUUUAAAAGACGUGUAUACAUUUAAUGAAAUAAAUAACGUUUGUUAGAGAUACUUAUGCUGAUGAUGUAUUCAUACAUAAAUGCUUUUAAAACAUCUCUCCUUUCAUUAUCAGUAAAACUGUGUCCUUAAUCCAGUUACAUUGAUCAUUAGCUUUGCCGAGUAAUUCAGCCUUGAAACCAAUCCAAGGUGACCUGGCAACCUGAACAGAACAGUUAACACGUGUAUGUAUGUGUGUGUUUGCGAGUGAUCGGGUUUUGCUUACAGACAACUAAGAAGCAAAGAAGCAGGGUUGGCCCUAACUUUGAACCUACACAAAUGGAAGUUCCAGAGCAUGUGAUAAGGACAAAUAUUGAGACAAUCAUGGAUAAUUUGGGCAAAGGGAAAAGGCCUGCUUCCGCAGCUCAGCACCGUUUUCUACAUCCUGUGGGGUGGAAUUUCCUUUGCCAUGUGUCUAUGAAGGCAGUUCUGUUUCAGUGCCAACACCAGGAAGGCAAUUUGGGGCAGAGAAGACCGAGUGGGAGAAGCCAACUGGGGAAAAUAUUACAAUGUGAAGAAAGGAUUAUAAUUCAGAAAAGACUUAAACAGCAGAAUUCUGAAGAGUCAACACAUAUCUGCAGGCCUCACUUUCCCCCUAUUUUUGGUUGUUACAGAACCCUUACUCGGAUUCCUUGGUGUGUGUACUCCUGAGUGUAUGAAUUUAGGGUUUGUAUUAGGUAGGGUAAUAGCUUCAUUCCAGAUUCUCUCUCCCUUUUUCCCAGAGUCAAUCUCCACAAGGGAGAAAACACCUCACUUUUUAAAUAUUUUGCUAGGUAAUAAAGUCUUGAACUUUCAUUUUUGGUCUGGAUUUUUUCCCCAUACAUUCCCUUGCAAAGGAAACCCCCCCAGAUUGAGGUUUAGUUGUUCAUCUUUGUCUCUUUGCAUUCCCUUUGCAAAGCAAAGGUACUUGUGUGUCUCAGGCCUGAUCAAUUUGACACACACAGCACCCUCUCACAAACUCGCUGUCCUGAGAAUAAUGGACACAUGGUCUAUGUGGGUCUUCCAUAAAGAUCUCCUAAUAUUUCUCCCUGCAGCUACUUUGAAUGGAGAUUGCCUUGCGAUGGCACACUGCUUUGGGCUUGAUCGCGGAAGCUUGGUACUCACGGAUAUGGUCUAUAUCCCUAUCCGAAAAACCGACUUGCCAAAUCUGAGCAGCCAAAGGGAAAACAAACCCACACCUUUUCUAUAACACAUGGCAGUCACACACCAUUUGAAUGGCAAUGCGCAUCAAAUGGGGGAGGGGCGGCCCCCUCAAUUAUUAUUAUUUUUGGGGAGGGGAGGUCGAAGGGACCUCGGUUACAAGGAGUUGGUGCCUAUGAGGCCAGCGAAGGAGAUAAUACCAUGGUUAUGCUGCAGCGCCCCCAGGUGGACAAACAGCCACAGCCACCAUCACAUCAUUGUGGAUGAGCUGGUUUUGCAGAAAGCAGGUGUUGUUGAGAUGCCAGACUCCAAGCAGCGCCUUAAUUAAAAGGCCACUUACAACAGAAGAGCCGAGUCAUGCACACUGCCUCGCGUAAAAAAGGUGGGAUAUAAAUAAAUAAAAUUCCUGUGGCUUAACGGAGACUUGAAGGCAGUAUAUUUUUUUCAUUUCAGAAACAACAGGCGAGAUUUAAAAGCCAUCUCGACGCGUCCUGGUGUUUAUUUCCGUUUUGGUCCGUCCCCACCCCCCACCCCCAGUUGUUCAUUUCUCCACUGAACUCCAAUGCAUUAGAGCAGGAGGCGUUUUGCACUCUGCGUAUGCCCAGGCACUCUCUUUUCCUUCUCAUUAGCGCAUUCUUCCACCACCAAGGGAACCCAGGACGGCGAAAGCGAAGGAUUGGGACACCACCGUCCCGCCCCCCUCUUCUGUCCUCUCCCUUUUCACCACCACGAUUUCAUUCCUUUCCUGCGGGCGCCUGGAUGCACGAACAGGGCUGGACGGGACGGGAUGAGCAGUGAGGCGGGCCCGCCUCCUCUCGCCUGAUAGGCUCCGCGCCCUCCUCCCUCGGGCGCGAUUGGCUGCUCCGGGAUAGGGACAGGAUGGGCAGAGGGUGGCGCCGCUGAUGCCGGGCUGAUGCGGGCGGGCAGGUGGCCGGGACAGGUGAGCGCCUCCCGCAUCCAGGCGCCUCCAGGUAAGCCUUCCUCCGGUGUGUCCCCUCUCCCAUGCCAGAGGAUGCCGCCGCUGUUGCUGGCGGGAUCUGGAGGGCCGGUGGGUGGGGCAGACAUGCGCGGGUCCCUCUCGGGAUGCACCCAAGCCAGGCAGGGGACUGUGGUCCCCGCGGGGGAGGGUGGAUUUAGGGACCUUCCCGAAAGGGCCAGCCCAACCUGAGAUUGGCAUCCUCGCCAGCAACGCUUCCGCCGGGCUGGGAAAGGGCCCCGUCUGGAACUGCAGCGCCGUCGGUGGAUGCGGAGCUUAGGCGCAGCAAGGACCGGCGGAGAAUGAGGCAGCUGCCUUUUCUACAGAAAAGACGAAUUUUCUACAGAAACAUGAGGACUGGGACAUUGCUCCUUUCUUUUAGCGGAAAGGUGGCGGUAGCUCAAAUGGGAGGGCGCAUGUUUUGCACGGAAAAGGUCCCCGCACCCACCCCAGCCAGGUUCAAUCUCUCUCUCUCUGUCUCUUUCACACACAUUUGAGGGUGGCUUCUGGGCAGGCAAGAUGGGGACUGAUCCAGUAUGGCAGCUUCCUAUGAGGGUUGGAUCCUGCAUCCAGACCUGCAAGGCAUCUGACAUCUCUCUCUUUUGAAAUGUAUUGCGGUCAGCAGCAGAACUGUCCUCCUCAGAAGCGCCACAAAUUUUGACUGCCAAAGUACAGUGGUACCUCGGGUUAAGUACUUAAUUCGUUCCGGAGGUCCGUUCUUAACCUGAAACUGUUCUUAACCUGAAGCACCACUUUAGCUAAUGGGGCCUCCCGCUGCUGCCGCGCCGCCGGAGCAAAAUUUCUGUUCUCAUCCUGAAGCAAAGUUCUUAACCCGAGGUACUAUUUCUGGGUUAGCGGCGUCUGUAACCUGAAGUGUAUGUAACCUGAAGUGUAUGUAACCUGAGGUACCACUGUACCUUGAAUUACCUCAUAAUGUUGUUGGCCUCAGUCUGUUUCAGGAAACAAUGGGCGUGUGUGCCUUUUUUGGGGGUGGGUGAAGUCAAGCUGUUGGAAGAUUAUGGUGCCUGCUGUGGCUCUAUUUGGGGGUGCAGACACUUUGGGGGUGAUGCAAAUGGCACAGAUUUCAAGCAUGCACCUUGUCAGGUUGUUUAAUAGUUCUUGAAGAUACACACAAAGGCCAUGUUUUUCAAAAUACAUACAAAAGCCAUGUAUUUCAAAGGUUGGCAGUUCUCUCGCUUAUGAGGACAAAUCUGCCACAGGCUGUUGGAUCCGGAAGAUUCUUUGUUGGAGGGUUGCUUUCUCUGCUGGAGACAGGGAACUGGACUGAGAAUUUGAGACAGAGACUACAAAGCAGUUAGCAUGUUCUUAAUGCUAAAUUACGAAACUGACAGGACUCUAAAGGAGAGGAGGAGAAAGGCCGAUUCCUUCUGGAAGCAGUAAAUCAACAAUUUCACAGGGAUGAGGCUUCAGUUGAGAACCAGUGUGUUGUAAGGCAUUUAAAGACAUGCCAACUAAGCUUGGAAAUUGUAAUUUGUUAAGGGUGCUGGGAAUUGUAGCUCUGUGAGGGGCAAACUGCAGUUUCCGGGAUCCUUGGGCAGGGAUGCUUUAAAUGUGUGGUGUGUUGGCAAACCUAGACCAUGAAGGCCUAAAUUCAAAUCCCUAAUUGGCCAUGAAACUCUUUGGAUGACCUUGGGCUAGUCACACACACAAAAAUACCACAGUGGACUCCUAGGAGGAAAGGUGAGGAAUAGGAUGGGUGUGUGCUGGGGCUCACGUUUCCCUUGUUCUAACAAUGUCCAGAUGUGUCUGGAGGGCUUAGUGGUGAGAGAGCAAGCACUCCCAAUAUGCUCAGAGGCACUUGAUCGUAACUUUGAGAGGUGUGCUUUGGUGCCAGAAAUGGGUGGUGAAGCUCAACCUUGGCAAGCGCCAACUCCAAUUUUGUGCAGCCGGAGACUUAAGUGAGGAGCUUGACACACUCUUGGGCUCAUGACCCCAAGAGGUGGGGUAGGGGGUACACUUUGCACCUGCUGUUUGAAAUAAUUGCACCCAAAUAUUUAUCCUGAGUUGCAGGUUUUCUGGGAAAGGGAAGGUGGACUUGCCAAGCACUAGUUUAGAAUACGAAACAUCCUUCCCGGUUAUGAUGGUUGCCUGGGAAAGAGUCUGGAGAGAUGCUGCCAGCCAGUGGAGGCAAUACUGAACUCAAUGGGACAACGGCCUGACUCUGCCAAAGGCAGCAUCCUGUAUUCCUAUGAGAGGUGCUCACGAACCAGUAGCACUUUGUAUCAACUGGAGGUCUGUUCCAAAGGGUUCAAAAUGCUGCACAUACCUUACAACAGCCCUGUGAGGUAGACUAGUGGCAGAUGUCUAAUGGGACAGACAUGACAGUCUGACAAGCAUGCCCUUCCGCUGGAAUCCCAGCCUCCAGCUGGCCAGCUUUUGUUGGCUGUGCCCUCCUGGUGAUUAAUGUCUAAAAAAAGAAGGGGACCUGGGUGGAAUUACUCCAUGGCCAGGCAGCCUUGCAUGUAAGGCACAGUCAGUUAGAAAGAAUGUGGCUUCUGUUAACAGGUGAUCCAAAUCAGCUCGACCAUCGAAACACACAUGGGGGGAUAUUCAGAGGCUUGUCUCAAGGGACUCUGUUUGGUCUUCAUGGAUUCUUUCUCUAGGUCUGUGUGUGGUUGCUGAAGACCGGGGAAACUUGCAAGAGGAGGUUUCUGGCCCAGGACCUGCUCAAGAGGACAAUGGAUCGACUGAAGGUCCCCCGCACCAGAGAGCUGGAAUUUGGCGGCGUCCUAGGUGAGGGGGAAAGGCUGAGCUCGGGGUGUGUGUUUGCAGGCAGAAGAAUACUGUUAUAGAUUAGGUGCAGGGGCUAAACCUUAGAAAUUAGUAAAUGGUAGGAUUUUUAUUAUUUGGGGAUGAGAUACAGGCUGCGGAGGAAUUCCUGAGCUAUCCUAUGCCAAAUGACCUGGCCAAGCUUUGGGCCGUUAAGAAACAAUACAGGGUCAUUGAGGGCCAUUGUCAAUGCAAGAGAACUGUUUUUCUCUCCGCCCCCCCCCUUGCCCUGAGGUGUGAACAGAGACUGGGAGUUCGGAAGGUUGCAAGGAUAACUUGGUGUUGUAUGACAAGAAAAGAUAAUUUUUAGCAAGGUGUGCUGGGAAGAAGAAGGGGGAGAGAAGAAAGACUGGGAUCCAUCUUGGGCAGGCUGGCUGAAGGCUGGCUGGGAGAGAUGUCUUGGACUCCAGGGCUGCCCUGCUGUGGGGGACAAACCCCUCUUGAGAUGACCAUGCUUUAAGAUCUGGACUCCCUCCAUGCUGACUGAAGGUGUAAAUAGAUGAAUAAACCAUAUUUCUUAAAGCUACAACAGUCUCCAAAGGGAGCCUGGGUGAGUGCCUGGAAUCCCAUGGACUCUGGCUACCGCUCGGCAGAGAGAGGGGGAGGCACUCAACUUUUGUAACAAUACCUUUCUCUCAUCCCUCCCCAGGAAUCCUCUAUUAGGGAGGCUUGGGAAUGGUGUGAGCAGGGGAUGCAGGACUCCUGGGUUCUGUCUCUUCCCCUUUCUGACCGCUCCAUCUUUUUUCAUCGCAGGGGCUGCCCUCCUUAUCGUCCUGAUGCCCACCACUGUCUUCUACCUCCUGUUGACUUGCAGAACGGAGCAGGCCAGCCUGUUGAACAUCCCCUAUCCUUUGCCCACCCUCCGCUCCCUGUGGGACCCCCGGGACUUUGCCCUAGUCUUGGUCUGGGUUGGAUUGCAAGCUUUCUUAUAUAUGCUCCCGAUGGGGAAGGUAAGGAGACCUCCACACUCUCAAGGGAUUUUCCCUGGCUUCUGCCACGGACUCCUUCUUGCCUGCGCUGCAGUAAGGUUCUGCAGCCUGGCCUCAGUUUUCCUCAUCUGAGCAAUGGGGAGAAAGGCUAGCUGAUCCUACUAGUAAAAUGGCAGAAAUGGGGAAGUGACAUCACAAAACAGCGGCUGCCCUUGGCGACAGAGGGACCCUUGAGUCGUGGGGAAAGGCCAAAGCAGCCCUCUGUCUUUUUAUUUUCCCAAAGCACAUUUUGAGCAUUCCUCUCCCACCAGAGAGGCUUCCUCCUGGCUCCAUAUAAAGCAGAGUUUCCCAAAUGUGGGUCUCCAGCUGUUGUCGGACUACAACUCCCAUCAUCCCUAGCUGGCAGGACCAGUGGCCAGGGAUGCUGGGAAUUGUAGUCUGAACCGUUGGGAAACUGUGUACGUGCAGCUACUCACACAGAGUCAGUUAAGGUUUGGUAGACAGCCAGAAGGCAAUCUGAAGGAGUAAGUCUGCCUGGUGAUAACAGAAACAUGGGGAGAGCUCCCUGAUUGGUCAAGCUCUUUGUAGGGAGUGAUAAUUAAUGGUUUACUAACUGGAAUGUGUUAGUUCAGUAUUCAGAGCUCAGUGUUCAGAGCUCUGUGUGUCAGUGUAGGAGUUGUGAGUCGUGUAAGAGAGAGCUAGCAAAAGAUCUGUGUUCUGAUCCUGUAAAUAGUCCACUGCAUAUAAUAAACACCUAACUACAAGUUCCUGGUUCCUGCUUCGUCUAUCCUGUUUGCAGCCAAGUUGCCAAUUGCUUCCGUGGAUUCUGUGUGUACUCUGCUAGGUCUGGCUAAGGUCCUGCAACUAGUCAGAAAGAUAGGUAAAGGACCCCUGACCAUUGGUCCAGUCGUGGCCGACUCUGGGGUUGCGGCGCUCAUCUCGCUUUAUUGGCCGAGGGAGCCGGCGUACAGCUUCCGGGUCAUGUGGCCAGCAGGACUAAGCCGCUUCUGGCGAACCAGAGCAGCGCACGGAAACGCCGUUUACCUUCCUGCCGGAGCGGUACCUAUUUAUCUACUUGCACUUGGACGUGCUUUCGAACUGCUAGGUUGGCAGGAGCAGGGACCGGCAACGAACUGCCAACCUUCUGAUCGGCAAGUCCUAGGCUCUGUGGUUUAACCCACAGCGCCACCCGCGUCCCAAGUCAGAAAGUUGCGAAAUACCAAAUAGGUUUUGCCAAUAUUAACAACAGCUGGAGACCCAAGUUUGGGAAACCCUGAUAUAAAGAAAGCACCCCGCUUCCAGGCAGCCCUGGCAACAUAGACUCCACCACAGCUUUCUGCGUCUGUGUGUGUUUUCAACAGCUCACAGAAGGGACCCCCCUGCGAGACAAGACCCGGCUCCAGUACCGGAUUAAUGGUAAGUGCCCCCCACCCUUAGGAAAGGUCCCCCAGAGGUGAGAGAGCCGCCAGGGGUGCUGCUGGUGGCUCUCAGCAAUGGGGAUGGGUGUGGUGCUAAGUGGCUUUUCAGCGUAUCCCAGUGUUUCAAGACUGAGAACAUUUUAUUAAACGCCACCUUGUGAUUCUCCCCAAGCUUAGCCAUAUCGGUAUCGGCUUAGGAAGGCCGGGGGGGGGGGGAGGCAGGAGGGAUGAUAAAUUGAUGUCUGGUCAUUGUUUGUUUGCCCCACCCUCUUUCUCCCCCUGCCCCACAUUUCUCAGGGUGCCAUGCCAUGGUGGUCACAGCGCUGGUGGUUGGAGCCGGCCUGGCGGCUGGACUGCGCCUCAGCUACAUCCACGACCAUUUCCUGCAGUUGGCCUUCUCUGCCUCCCUCGUGGCCUUUGGACUCAGCGCCCUCCUGUACCUCAAGGCCUUGCUUGCCCCAGAGGCAGCCCUGGCCCCAGGCGGGAACUCAGGUGAGGUGCGAACCCUGACACCGGGCUCCUUCUGGCCUCCUUUGCCAACUCCACCUCGGCAGGGACUAGCAACUUGAUGGGCAUGGCCAAAACCCAUCAAAUGUCCCAUGUCUGGUGCAAGCUGGUGGUGGGGUGGCAGGACGGAAAAGGAAGGGGAGAAUGACUGAAGCCGUUAUCUCCUCACGUGAAUUGGCUCGCAAAAUCGGAUAAGGACCGUCUCCCGGGGAUGAUACGUCAUUUAGCAAAAAUAACAGAGAGGCCUGCAGUCCUUUUAAGGCUCAUUCAUUUCUAGAGGCAGGAGUUUUUGCGGAAAAACGUCCACCACAUAUGUAGUAUUAUUCUUGCUGGUAUUAUUAUUAUACGGCAACGGUAUAAAAAUCGCUACGUGUAAAAAAUGAUAAAAUACCCAGGGGACGCAAAUUGUUAUUCCCAGUUGGCAAUUACCUCUUUGUACAUGUAAUUUGCAUCGUUAUGAACACACGGGAAAAUGCAAAUAGGCCGGAAAGGUCUUUGGGAAUGCAAAGGGCUAAGAUCACCCAGGGAGCUUCAUGGCUGAGUGGGGAUUUGAACCCUGGUCUCUCAGGUCCUAGUCUGGCUCUUUUACAUUGAGACGUGGUGACUAUAAGAUCAGCUGCAGAGCAUUCUGGGAGGCUGUGUGUUCUUCCUCUGGUUUCUGAGCAUAUACAGUGGUACCUCAGGUCACAGACUCCGCUAACCCAAAAAUAGUACCUCAGGUUAAGAACUUUGCUUCAGGAUCAGAACAGAAAUCACACGGCGGCAGCAGGAGGCCCCAUUAGCUAAGUGGUACCUCAGGUUAAGAACAGUUUCAGGUUAAGAAUGGACCUCCAGAACGAAUUAAGUUCUUAACCCGAGGUACCACUGUAUGCUGAAAAUUUGGGCACAACGUUCUGCCAACACUUCCCUGCUUCACGGGGGUGCAGCUGCCUAGAGGGGUGUGUCAGAACCACCUCCUCAAAGUGUUUUUGACGGCAAUUUCUCCUGCUUGCCUCUUUCCCCAUCCCACAGGAAACCCCAUUUACGACUUCUUCAUGGGCCACGAAUUGAACCCACGGAUCUAUACCUUUGACCUGAAGUUCUUCUGUGAGCUGCGCCCGGGUCUCCUUGGAUGGGUAGGCAUCCCUGGGCUGGUAGCAGAAGGCAGGGUUGGGGAGCAACCCCUUUGUGUUGGUGUGGCAGCGCCAAGGAGCGCCCCUCCCCCCAUACUGGAGGGUCCGGAUCGCUGGGGAUCAGGCAGCCGACACAACUGGGAUCCAGUAUGGUGUUGCGGUUGGAGUGCUGGGUGCGGACUGCGGAGACGCGGGUUCAAAUCCGCCUGUAGAGCAGGUGUGGGGAACCUUUGACCCUCCAGAUGCUGCUGAACUACAACUCCCAUCAGCCCCAGCAAUGGCCAAUGAUGACAGGAGUUGUAGUUCAGCAAUAUCUAGAGGGCCGAAGGUUGCCCAUCCCUGCCAUAGAGCUGGCAGCAACCUUCCUUAACCGGGUGGCCUUCAGAUUGUUUUCACGUCUUUUGGGGCCAUGCUCUCGCAGGAGCUAAAAUGGGACAUCCCAGGAGCCAAUCAGAAGCCAGAAUUACAGAAUUCUGGGGUGUCCUGCUUAAAACAGGACAGUUGAGGGGUACCGUAUUCCACAAGCUGUAGCUAAUGGUGAUGAGGAUAAUACUGCUUUUCCCCCUCUGCCACCCGCUGCUUCCCUGCUCUCUCGUAGGCCCUGAUUAACAUGGCCAUGUUGGUGAAGGAGACGGAGCUGAGAGGAAGCCCUUCCUUGGCAAUGAUCCUCGUUAAUGGCUUCCAGCUUCUCUACGUGGUGGAUGCCUUAUGGCACGAGGCAAGUCUGGCAGAGGGUGGGAUCUGAACUGGCUGGCCUGCUGGCCUGAGUUUUGCAAGGAGCCUUAAUUCUUCAGUUUCUGCCACGGAGAUGCAUCACAGGAACUGCCAGGCUGAGUUUACAAAUGACACCCAUGUAUGUGUUUUUUUGGUGAUUUCCUGCACUUCCUUCCAUAAGGACUAGAAACUUGCUUUUGUCUUUUAAAAAAGGAACAGAAGCAAAAGCAGUGGUUUCCAAACUGCUCCUCUUCCCUAGUGCUGAUUUCCGUCAAGCCUCCCAGGGGCUCAAUAAACCUUCUUUUGCCUGUUUGGCUGUAAACAAAGAACACAAAAAGAGAAACUGACACAACGUGUGCGUGUCGGGCUGUUUUCAUCCUAGUGGACCUCAAUUCUGCUCAUGUUUCUCCUUCUGAAUUUGGGGUGUGCCCCUGGGGGAGAGGAAGGCUUACUUUUCCUCCCUAGUACCUGCUUCCUCAAAUCACCUGAACCUGUUUGACUGUAGCCACUUCUCUGAAAUGCACCCGCUCCCCAGUGUGUGGCUCACAGUGGGUUUGUUUAGUGGGGACUGAGAGCUGGUGGAUUUUCCUGGGCCAGAUUUAAAAAGGCAAAUUUUCUUCCUUCCCAAAGGAGGCUGUUCUCACCACGAUGGACAUCGUCCAUGACGGUUUCGGCUUCAUGUUGGCUUUCGGGGACUUGACGUGGGUGCCCUUUUUGUACACCCUCCAGUCAUAUUUCCUCGUCACCCACCCGCAGAAGCUGAGCCUGCCCAUGGCUGGGGGCAUCACCCUGUUAAAUGGUGAGUUGGGCGGCAAACAGGGCCUCUGAGCAUGCACAGAAUAUAUUUUCUUCCCCUCCAAGCUUCAGCAACUUUAUUUUCUUUUCGUGUCAGGGGUCUAAUAACGUAACCAACUUGCUCUUAACUAAGCUUCCAGAAUGGUAAGGGAUAUAAAGCCUUAAUUGAUAGUAAACAGUGGGGACUUUGUACAUUUAAAAACAAACAGGCAAUAUUCAAAAUUUCCACUGUGUCAAAGAUAGGCAGCCCCUCUUUGCAGAGUGCCCCUACCCAGUGCCUAAGCUGAGGUGUGGAUGAUGCCUGCUACCCAGAAACAAUUAUUUCCUGAGUUUGGGAGGGCCAAGGGAGAGGCUGUGCAUAGAGUGCUAAGAGAAAGAAAAGCAAAAUUAAUGUGGCUUGAAACAUAUCUAUGGAAAUGUGCAUGUGUUAAUUAUUUUUCUUCAUAGCCCUGUCCCUUCAGUCACCCCAGAGCUCAAACUCUCUGUCUGUCCACCCACUCUUUCUCUCUCGCGUGCUCUGCCCAUUCAUGCCAUCUCACUCUUCCCCCACCCCCUUCUCAACCCUGCAGGCCUGGGCUACUCCAUUUUCCGUGGCGCCAACUCCCAGAAGAAUGCCUUUCGCCGGAAUCCUGCCGACCCCAAAGUUGCUGGUUUGUCCUCUUUUGUGGCUUGUGGCCUGUUUGGACCCUGCUGGGAGACACACAAGCUGUGCCCUGCGCCUUCACAACCUUUGGCCUCUAAUGUUCCUUUUCUUAAAAUGUAUAGCCGCGGCUCACGCGGGCAAGUGCCUCAGAGAAGCGCCUGCAUUUAAAAUCCAAACGCCAUCGCUUCUGAAGAGGAGUGGGUGCAUGGGCGUCGUCUUUGGGCAUCCCUGUUUUCCUCCCUGUUGUGAAAACAGAGCGUGGCUGGCCUGCUUUUGCAGGACCUGCAUGCCUUGUGAACCUCUUGUGAACCCCUUUGUUCUCACAAGAGAAAUGUUGUUUCCUUUCAGGGCUGCGAACCAUCCCCACGGCCACAGGACGGCGCCUGCUGGUGUCCGGCUGGUGGGGGUUUGUGCGGCACCCCAACUACUUAGGAGACCUCAUCAUGGCUUUUGCGUGGUCCUUGCCCUGCGGUAAGCGGGAGCCUCUCUCCCCCUCCGUCAGUAUCCAGACCACACUCUGUAGGAAGAGAAUCUCAGUGCCCGGCCCACUCACCAGGGUCACACAACACCAUUACAAGCAAUUACAUGACCUUGCACAUAGUGUGUGCCAAGUUGCCAAAGACACAGAAAGGAGGACGGGGAGACAGCAUCCCCUCAGAUAGACAGAGCUGCUGUGCUUGUUUAAAGAAAGAGAGAACCUAUAUAUGUCGACGCAAAUUCUGAGGGUGCAGAGUUAAGCAGUGCCCGUUUUCCAAUGUCCAUGACUCUCAUGGCCUUUUGAGUAACCACUGGGAGGCUCUCAAAAUCCUCACUUUGGAGAGAAACAAGCAAAACACGAAGAAAAUUAAAUAUACCCUUUAUAAUUUCAUGUUAUGCCCUGCUAAAUCCCAGAAAGAGCUUUCCCAUCAUCUUCCAGCCUUUCAAGGCUUAACCCAGGGAGUGGGAGCCUGCAGUUGGGCUCCCACAUCCUCAUUCCUGACCAUUGGCCAUGCUGGCUGCUGCCGGGGCAGAUGGGAGUUGUAGUCCAGCGGUGCCCAGUGGGGACCCCUGCACUGGCCCCCAUUCCUCGCAGUAACCCACCAGGCAAAGAAUGGCAUUUCAUUUGAAACACUAUAUGUAUGUUACACAGGAGUUAAAGAUAAAGCAUUAAGAUCCAGCAAUUAAGAUUACAGCAAUACCUCUGUUAGGUAAAGGUAAAGGGACCCCUGACCAUUAGGUCGAGUUGUGACCGACUCUGGGGUUGCGGCGCUGGCGUACAGCUUCUGGGUCAUGUGGCCAGCAUGACUAAGCCGCUUCUGGCGAACCAGAGCAACGCAUGGAAACGCCGUUUACCUUCCCGCCGGAGCGGUACCUAUUGAUCUACUUGUACUUUGACGUGCUUUCGAACUGCUAGGUUGGCAGGAGCAGGGACUGAGCAACGGGAGCUCAUCCCGUUGCAGGGAUUCGAACAGCCGACCUUCCUAGGCUCUGUGGUUUAACCCGCAGCGCCACCUCCGUUAGGCCAGCCUAAAUGUUACAAAAUAGUUUGGAAGCUUUCAGGGUUUCCCCGCCCAAACUGAUCAGGCUGGAUCUUAGAAGCUGGGUUUGGGGCGAGGGGGAAAGAGAGAGAAAAGGCUGCUGGUGCCGAGAGACCCCUUUUUUCUCUUCCCCACCCCUAAAUGGGUUUCUCUGUGCCUCCUUGCACUGAAAUCUGAAGUGGUUCCUCUGUGUCCCAAUAGCCCACCCUCCCCAAUGGCUUCCCCAUUCUGUUUCCUCUCCUCAGGCCUGACCCACAUCCUGCCUUACUUCUAUGUCCUCUACUUCACCAUGCUUCUGAUUCACCGGGAAGCCCGGGACGAGCACCAGUGCCUGAGGAAGUAUGGCCUCGCUUGGCAGGAGUAUUGCCGCCGCGUCCCUUACCGGAUCUUCCCCUACCUCUACUGA